AUGAAUCAAGAAAACAAGAAGCCUGUGGAAGAAGCUUCGACUUCAAUGGAGAGAGAGCACAUGUUUGACAAAGUAGUAACACCAAGCGACGUAGGCAAACUAAACCGUCUCGUGAUCCCAAAGCAACACGCGGAGAGAUACUUCCCUUUAGACAAUUCCUCAACAAACACCAAAGGGUUGCUUCUAGACUUCGAAGACCGAACAGGAAACUCAUGGAGAUUCCGUUACUCUUACUGGAACAGUAGCCAAAGUUAUGUCAUGACAAAAGGCUGGAGCCGUUUCGUCAAAGACAAGAAGCUUGAUGCUGGUGACAUCGUGUCUUUUCAGAGAGAUCCUUGUAAUAAAGACAAGCUUUACAUAGAUUGGAGGAGACGACCAAAGAUUCCAGAUCAUCAUCAUCAUCAGUUCGCAGGAGCUAUGUUCCCUAGGUUUUACUCUUUCCCUCAUCCUCAGAUGCCGACAAGUUUUGAGACUAGUCACAACCUUUAUCAUCGGUUUCGACGAGAUCUUGGAGUUGGGUAUUAUGUGAGGUCAAUGGAGGGAAAUGAUCCAACGGCUGUGAUUGAAUCUGUGCCGGUGAUAAUGCAAAGGAGAGAAGCACAAGUGGGUAAUAUGGCUUCAUCAAGAGGAGAGAAGAGGCUAAGGCUUUUUGGAGUGGACAUGGAGUGCGGAGGAGGAGGAGGAGGAGGAAGUGUGAAUAGCACGGAGGAAGAGUCAUCAUCUUCCGGUGGUAGUAUGUCACGUGGCGGCGGUUCUAUGGCUGGUGUUGGUUCUCUACUUCAGUUGAGGUUAGUGAGCAGUGAUGAUGAGUCUUUAGUAGCGAUGGAAGCUGCUAGUGUCGAUGAGGAACAUCACUUGUUUACAACAAAGAAAGGAAAGUCUUCUUUGUCUUUCGAUUUGGAUAGAUGUUCAUGA